AUCUCCGUCCUAGGGUGUUGGAUGGUUGGGAAACGCUAUGAUCCAAUCUGCUUCUUUCAACACCUGUGGGACUCCUAGCCGUAGGAGAUGCGGUUUCAGAAGUCUAUGAAGAUGAUAUGAGUAACACGUCCUAACGCAUCGUGUUCCGACUCAUUCAUCAUGUGCUGACCUGUUACGAAUCUCUCCUUGAUUGCACAGCUUGUUCUGAUGAUUAGGAUUUGAUGGUUAUUCCUCUUGCACGCAUCUUUGGUGCGGCAUGAAGCGCGAUCUCCGCGCAGUAUAACUCCCAGAUGACUACGACGUAGGGCUUCACCGUGUCUUACUGAGUGCUGCACAAUGGAGCAACCUGCUGCCUCCAGAGGAAUAUCCUUCUGGCUCGUGAUUGCAGCGGUUUGCACUUCCCUCUUUUGCGGGGCGAUGGAACUAACUGCCGUGUCCACCGCAUUGCCUACCAUUGUAAAUGCCAUCCCAUUUGACGCACACAAUUUCGUAUGGGUGGGAUCAGCAUACGCUCUGUCAUCCACCGCUUUCAUACCGAUGAGCGGGAAUCUCGCUCAGAUCUUCGGUCGCAAACCCAUCAUGCUGUUCUCAAUCUCAGCAUUCGCCGUUGGCAGCUUGAUGUGUGCAGUAUCGCCUUCCCAGCGAUUGUUCAUCAGCGGCCGUACCGUGCAAGGACUAGGUGGAGGUGGCAUCCUAUCACUGACAAACAUUAUCCUUGCAGAUCUAGUCCCUCUACGAGAGAGGGGAAUAUUCAACGGGUUCAUUGGGAUGACAUGGAGCAUUGCAGCUGCCAUAGGACCUGUGAUCGGAGGAGCUCUAGCGCAACAUGGCGUCUGGCGCUGGCUGUUCUACAUGAAUCUGCCUAUCUGUGGCGUCGCUAUCGGGCUCGUUUUAGUGUUUCUCCGAUUACGCACACCACGUGGAGAAAUACGGGACAAGCUCAGUAGCUUUGAUUGGCUAGGCAAUUUCUUGGUGACAAGUGGUUCCUGUGCAAUCAUCAUAGCUCUCGCAUGGGGUGGCGGUGCAUACCCUUGGUCAUCAUAUCGCGUGCUUAUACCACUCUGCACUGGAUGUGUCGGACUGGUCGUCUUCUUGUUGUAUGAAGCGUCUCUAGCCCCGGUUCCUAUCAUCCGGGUAAAGCUUCUUUCGAACAGAACCACCUUGAGCGGCUACAUGCAAAUGUUUCUCAUCCAGGCAAUUCUCGUGGCAUUCAUAUAUUACAUGCCCGUCUAUUUUCAGGCUUGCAAGGACGCGUCCCCGACAGGGUCAGGUGUUGAUCUCUUUGGUCUGGCCCUCACCCUUUCUCCCAUAUCUAUCGUGGGGGGGAUCAGCAUCACGGUCCUGAAAAGAUACCGCCCGCAAUUAUGGUUGGGGUGGUGCUUGACUGUCCUGUCUAUGGGCCUGUUGAGCACGCUUCGCAGCGAUAGUCCCAGAGCAACAUCCAUCGGAUUUGGAGUUAUAUCGGGCGCCGGCAUUGGUACCGCCUACACAGGCACGUUCUUUCCGGUGCUUGCUCCGCUACCAGUCAGCGAGAAUGCGCAUGCCAUCGCGCUUGGGGCAUUCUUGCGCGCCUUUGCUCAAGUGUGGGGCGUCGCAAUUGGGGCGGUUGUACUGCAGAACGAGCUGAGACAUCAGCUGCCCGCUGCCUUUUUGGAACGCUAUCCCGACAUAUCUCAAGUGACAUACACUACAAUCACGCAGAUUCGUUCCUUGCCGGAACCGCUCAAGAAUGAGGUUCGGGUCGCAUUCGCAUCCAGUCUCCGAGUUGUUUGGUUGGUAUUGGUAGGGAUGAGCGUGUUAGGCCUCGUCGUAUCUUUCUUGAUGCGAGGAUUGCCGCUGCACACAGAUUUGGAUCAGCAUUGGGGUGUACAAGAGGCGGAUGCGAUGAACGCGAAGGUGGCGAGGAUAUAGAUCAAGAACAGUU